AUAAUGCUUGAAUCCAUGAAUGUUACUAACAGUCAUGAAAACUGUAUCGUAAUAAUUACAAUUUGGCGCCAAUGGAGUUGGCAAUCGUUAUCAGAAAGAUUUCUUCAAAAUCUGGAAAUAGUUCUAGGCGAUCUUCUAUACUUAAGCCUCCUAAACCACGUCAUCCUCUACAGAGCUUAAAUUUUAAUAAUUCAUCUAAUGAAAAUAGUCCUGCUACUUCAAAAAUCAAAAGACGCGUUAGUUUUGCAGAAAAAAAGCAUGUCAAAGAAUUUUGCAAUUCUUUGGAGCAAGGAACAGUAUGGGAUAAUACAUAUGAAGAACAUGAUAUAAGUGAUGUUAAAAUAUCGUGUUCUUUUAAUCAAAAAGAAUAUGAAUCUAAAAAUAUACACAAAGAAAAUAUUUUUAACAAUACUCAUGAAAAUAAUGUGCAACUUGUUUGCAAUGAAACAAUAACAAAAGAUAUAAAUAUUGAAAGAUCUAAUUCAUGUAUUAUAAAUACGAUUGAAAAAGAAAAUUGUCGAGAUGAAAUGUUAUUAAAUGAAUCAUUAAUUAUUUUUCAUAAUGUAGAUACUGAAAAAAAUGAAUCUAUUUUCUCACAUGAUUUACAAUUAAAAAAUAAUAUAUCAAAAAAUAUUGUGUAUGAAGAUUCUAAUAAAAAACUAAUUGAACAAUUGGAUCAGAUAUCAGAUUACUUAGAAUCAAAUGUAUAUAAUUUUGACAAUAAUAAAUUAAAUAUUACAUCUGAUCAAAAUAUAUGUAUGGAUUUAACUGAAGUUGUUAGCCCUGUUGCAAAUUCUAUUAAUCGUGAUGAAACAAAAAAGAUGCUUAAAAAUACAUCAAUAGAAUUAAUAAAUGAUAUUUUACCAACAAUAAAUAAGAAAAACUUUCAACAAUUUAAUAACUCAAAUGUAGGAGAAUCUAGUAUAACAAAUCAAAAUAAAUCAAUGGAAAUUACUAUGGCCCAACCAUCUAUUAUUAAACUUAAUAAAAACAUUGAUAAUGUAAACAUAAAUACGUUUUGCAUAGAUGAUAAAACUAAAAGACUUGAUAUUUCAAUGGAAAUAACUUCAGCAAUACCAACUUUAUGUAAUCUACAGCCACAUAAUAAUGAUAUAAAUUAUGUUUCUAAUUUAAUAUCAUAUAAUAAUGAUAAUAAGAAAAUUCCUUUUCAUGACAUAUCAAUGAGUACUACUAAAGCUGUAGAAACAAUUGUUCAUAAAUCAUCUGACAGAUCAUCUAUGGUACAAAAAAUAUCACAAUAUAACAUUACAAAACAAGAUGAAGAAACCAAAUUAUUAAAUACAUCUAUAGAAAUUACUGAAGUAGUUCCAAUUAAUAUACAUUCUGUAAUAAAAAAUUAUGGACCAAAUGCAAUUAAUUUUGAUACAAAAAUUAAUGUUAAAAAGUCAAAAUAUGAUUCAGAUAUUUAUGAAACCUUAACAAAUUAUGAUAGAACAAAAUUUUAUAAUAAUGAAGAAAUGGAAUUUACCACAGCUAUAACAUCUUUACCUAUAAUAUGUCAGAAUAAUCUACAGUUAUCUAUGCAAGAUAUUUCUUGCAGGCAAUUAAAUUCUUCAAAUUCAAAUUCUGAAAAUCAUUCAUUGACAAACAAAACUAUUAUUUUUGAUAACAAUUCAAUGACAAUUACUAAAAUAGUACCAACACUUGAUAGGAAGAAUCAAGACAUUACAAUACUCUCUCAAAGUGAAGUAGAUUUUGAUAUAUGUUCUAGUAAAUUUAGGCAAUCUGAUAAUUUUGAAAAAAAAAAUCUUAUAGAUGUUUCAAACAACAAAGAUAAUUUAUUAAGAGAUAAUAGUACUAUAAUAAAAAUUCCUUCUUUAUUAAACUCAGAUAUAAUUUCAAAUGAUAAUAGGAAAAUAAAAGCAGCAUCUAAAAGUACAGUAGAUCAAAAUAAUUUACAGAUACCCCAAGAUAUUUUAUGCACACAAUCAAAUUCUGCAAAUCCAAUAUCUGAUAAUUGUAAAAAUCAUUUAUUGUUAAAUAAAACUAUUAUUUUUGAUGAUAAUUCAAUGAUAGUUACUAAAAUAAUACCAAUACUUGAUAGAAAACAUCAAGAUACAUUUUUUCAAGCUGAAACAGAUAAUACAAGUUCUAUUAAAGAUAGACAAUCAAUAUUAUCUUCUAAUAUAAAAAAAAGAGAUUUUAUGAAUAUCAUAAAUAAAGAUAAUAUAAGAGAUAGUAUUAUAACAAUCCCUUCUUCAUCAAGUUCAAAUAUAAUUUCAAAUAAUAAUGAAAAAAUGAAACUUACCACAAGUAUAAUAUCUUCAUCUGCAUUACAUCAAAAUAAUUUACAGAUACCAAUACAGAAUAUUUCUUGCACACAACCAAAUUCUUCAAAUUUAAUAUCUGACAAUUAUAAAAAUCAUUCAUUGUCAAAAACUAACAAAACUAUUAUUUUUGAUGAUAAUUCAAUGAUAAUUACUAAAGUAGUACCAAUACUUGAUAAAAAGCAACGAGACAUUAUGAUAACAGAUUCCCAAGAAAUAAAUUCUGAUGUAUGUUCUGCUAAAGUUAGACAGUCGAUAUUACAUAAUAAUAUAGAAAAGUCUAUUAAACAUGUAAACUCUUGUUUAUUAAGUACAAAUAUAGAAAAUAAUGUUAUACGAAGUUCUACUCCAAUUAAAAUUCAGGAUUUUGUAAAUAUUAAACCUAGCAUGUCUUUGCAUGAAUCAAUGCAGCAACAAACUUUUGCUUCAGCUUUAAAAGAAAAUAACACAGAAAUAGUUUGUGCUAAUAUAUCUAAUUGUGUAUCAAAUAAAUCUUUCUCUGCUAUAAACUUAGAAUUAAAUAAAAAUGAACAUAUACUUAAAUGCACACAAACAGUUAUAUCACAUCCAAGAAGAACAUAUACAAUUCAUUCAUCAAAUAGUAAUCACACUUUUACAGUAAAUAAUAAAAAAGAAAAUAACAUUUCAGAAAUUAACAAUGAUGUUUCUUAUGAAUUAAAUAAUGAAGAAAAUAAUGCAUAUAGCAUUUUAAAUAAUACGAAAGAUUUAGAAAAUAAAGAAGAUUAUGAUAUAAAAUAUUUAAUGAAUGGAAAAGAUAUAUUUUUAAAUGAAAGUUUGGAAAUAUUAGAAUCAAUUAAACCACCUUCAUUUGAUUGCUUAGAUGACUUAUCACAUAUAGAUCAUUCUAUGAAUAUUAUUUGUAAUAAGAAAAUUGAUAUAGAAACAAAUUGUCUUUCACAAAAUGAAAAUAGUGAAUCUGAAAACAUUUUAAAAUUUAAAGAUUAUCAGAAAAAUGUACAAAUAGAGAAUCGGCAUAAAUCGGAAACAUUUGUAAUUAAACGUGCAUUUUUAAGUGAUGCAUUAGAAAAUUCAAAUGAAAAUAAAAUACAAACUAAUGAAAUUUCAAAAUUGGAAUUGUUAACUCAGAAAAAUACUGAUAUUGAUAUUGAUAGUCGAAUUUUAGAAUUUUCGUCUUCAACUAUAAAUAAUAAUGAAAAUUUUUGCAAUUUAAUGCAUAAUACUGACGAAGAUUUUCAGAAAUCUAGAUUUUCAGAUAAUUCUAAUUUAGAAUGUAUUUUAUCAAAAGCUACUUAUAAAACUUUAAAAGCUGAUGACAGUAAUAAAUUAAAUGAUACAUAUAUGAUGGAAGUAAAUAAUGAAUUUUAUUCAAAUGAAAAAUUUCAAUCAAAUUUGAAAUCUCAUACUUUUUGUACAGAAGAAGAAAAUGUUAUAAUCACAUCUUUUUCUUUGUUAAUAAAUGAAUUAAAAAUUUGUGCAAAGAGUAACGAAAUUAUUUGGGAAGUAUACUAUGAAAACAUCGAAAAAAACAUGUUUAUAAUUGGUUUUAUAUCGUGUUCAUUAUUAGUAAUAAUAUUUAUACAGAAUCCUUGUGAAGAGACAAAUGAUCAUUAUAUUAAAAAAAUUAAUAUAAUUUCUCAAUUAGCAGACGAUGCAGAUGCAUUAAUUACUAUAGUUCAUCGAAUAAUUCUAGAAAAAUUAGAUAUUAAAAAAUUAUUGGAUUUGUAUAAAAAUCGUGAAGAUAUUUUACCGAUGCUAGAAUACAUUUCGAAAGAAGUAAAAUUAGCUAUGGAUUUUAUGUUUGAUUUGAAACGUUUGAAUGAUCCAAAUUUGAUGGAAAUAACUCAUGAUAGCAUAUCUUUCAUAUCGCAAACUAAAACAGGGAAUAUUAUAUUGAAAAUUACAAUAAAUAUCAAGCCAUUUGAUAAAAUAGAAUUUCAAAAUAUUUCUGUCCAUUGUUUAAUAGGUUCCGUGAGAGAAGAAGAUGUUAAAAAAUUAAUAAUAAAUGUAAAAAAGGAUCAUAAGUUCUUGCGAAGAUAUAUAAAUGAUGUGAAAGACUAUAUAUAUUUGAUGGAA